AACUCUCUUCCAUCCACUAAAAAAAGGCUGAGACUAGGGUUCACCUCCUCAAAAGUGCCUGACGCAACUUCUAUCACACGGAACAGAAGCGGCGCGUUGCAAGGCCUUCCAUGUGCUACAGCGUGUCUCCCUCAGUAUCGACGGCAGCCGAUCUCAGCACGGAAUCGCGUGCCAGCUUGCGACAGGAGCCAGCCACGCGCAAUUGGAGCUAACGCACGCGGCGUGAGCGCGAAGACGCCUCGCAGCGACGACCAUGCCGCCGGAACCGAGCGCCGAGUCGCAGUUAAUGAACCCCGACGUCCAGGUGCGUCGGGGUUCCAAUGCGGAGUCACCUAAGGGAAAUUCGGUAACAUUGAAGAAGGAGCUGGGUCUCAUGAACGGUGUAGGGAUGAUUGUCGGGGUGAUCAUAGGCGCCGGUAUCUUCGUUUCACCCACGGGAGUGCUUCGGUACGCCGGCUCCACCGGCAUGGCCCUCGUGGUCUGGGCUGCAUGCGGGCUCAUAUCGAUGGUUGGAGCCAUGUGUUAUGCCGAACUAGGGACGAUGAUCCCAAAGUCUGGAGGGGACUACGCCUACAUUUUCGCUGCUUUCGGUCCGCUGCCGGCAUUUCUCUUCUUGUGGGUCGCGCUCCUCAUCAUCCAGCCCACGAGCAACGCGAUCGCCGGCAUCACUUUCGCCAACUACAUCUUAGAACCAAUAUACGCUGGCUGCGCACCACCGGACAACGCGGUGAGACUCGUCGCUGCUGUGGUCAUAUGUUUACUUACUUUUAUCAACUGCUACAAUGUCAAGUGGGCAACAUUGGUUCAAGAUUCCCUCAUGUUUGCUAAGGUCAUUGCCUUGGUCAUCAUCAUUAUCGCUGGUUUUGUGCACCUUGCUCAAGGGAACACAGGAAACCUACAGAAUAUGUUUGAAGGGACAACUAGGGAUCCUGGGGUCAUUUGUUUGUCAUUUUAUUCUGGUCUCUUUUCCUACGCAGGAUGGAACUACUUGAACUUUGUAACUGAAGAAUUGAAGAACCCUUUUAGGAACUUGCCAUUUGCUAUCUACAUUUCAUUACCCAUGGUGACAAUCAUAUACCUCCUUGCCAAUGUUGCAUACUUUGUCGUCCUCACUGCUGACGAAGUUCAGUCAGCAAAUGCUGUUGCUGUGACAUUUGGGGAAAAGAUUCUUGGUGUGGUGUCGUGGAUUAUGCCAGUCUCUGUUGCACUUUCUACAUUUGGAGGCCUCAAUGGUGGAAUAUUUGCGUCUUCUCGCUUAUUUUUUGUAGGUGCAAGACAGGGACACCUGCCUACUUGCCUUGCUAUGAUCAAUGUGUCACACUUUACACCAGCUCCCAGCCUAGUCUUCUUGUGCCUUCUUAGCCUGCUGUACCUGACAAACACAGAUGUGUUUGUUCUCAUAACAUACACUGCCUUCAGUGAGGCCAUGUUCAUAAUGCUGUCUGUGGGUGGGCUGCUUUGGCUUCGGAUAAAACAGCCAAAUACAAAACGACCAAUUAAGGUGAACAUCAUACUGCCCGUGUUGUUCUUCCUCAUCUCGCUGUUCCUUGUGGUGCUACCAUUCUUCAGCCAGCCCUUGGAAACAUCUAUUGGUGCUGGCAUCAUGCUGUCUGGAAUUCCAGUCUACUUCCUCACAAUCUACUGGAAGGAUAAACCUCUUGCUUACAGGAGAACGAUUCGUGUGGUCACAGCUUAUGUACAGAAAAUAUUGUACAGCGUUCCGCAAGAAGACAAGGUGGGAUCGGAUUAGCAGCGUCCAUCAGGAAGAGUUUCAGUCAAGCGUCGUUUUGGUCCGUCUGAGCGCGGCGUUAUUUCUUUUUUAAAUGUUUUUUUAUAUUUUGAAGUUAUGUGCUGGUGAGGCGCAUCAGUAUCAAUGCUAUAGCCUCGUUUGCAGAAAAGCGCAUCUGUAAGUGUUUACGCAAUUCAUUUGAAUGCCAGAGCGCAAUCCCUGAUCGUAAAAUCCGUUUUAAAAGUGUAGAAUGCGGACAUAGAUUCGUGGUAUGAUUUUUUUUAAGUCCGCGUGACGUUAGGAAUUGUUUCCGAAUCAGUUCUUUCCUUUGUGGUAAUAUAUCCUACCCUUAAAUUUAUGCUUUAUUUUGUAGCUGAGAUGCUUGUUUAUGCAAUGCACAUUUGCCGUUUCUUGUUGACAAUUUCGAAGGCUACUGCUCUGUAUAUUGCUAUAAUGAGUUGGCGCAUUGUAAAGAACAGCUUUUGCGACAUAUCUUUGCGGUACUUAAGUUUUUUUUUCCUGCUAGAAACGAAUGCGAAGGUACAUAAAUGAUGCAUUCGCGAGGUUUAAGGUAAAGUUUUACGUGAUAGUUGUUAUUUUUGUUCGAACAGGAGUGUGUGUAUAUAUAUAUAUAUAUAUAUAUAUAUAUAUAUAUAUAUAUAUAUGCUCUUGUAUAGGUGGGUAUAUGUCAUUGCAUAUCAUAAAAGCAGUUGGUAACGGCAAAACUGCGUACAAUAUUCCAGCAUUGACAAGGCCGCGUUCAAGCUAUGAGUCGACGCGCUAAGAAACAGUGCUAGCGCACAGUUCGUGCUUAGCCACAGCUAAACCUUUUUUGCAUUUUCCUGAUUCCGCAUAAUUUGUUAGUUUUUUUUUUUCUCUGAAAAGUUGCUACCUGCGUGGGGACAACCAGACUUUUAUUCCACGCUCCCAUAGUUAACAAAAUCUGCCGUCAAUGUGUGAUGAGGUUACGUCACGUGUGCACUUUUCUGGCCACGAAUGCGUUUCAGCUGAACACAGUUAUUUUGUAUUUAGUCACCUCUACCAUUAGUCACUGUAACUAUAGGUAACUAGCUACUGGGGAGAUCUGACAGUGUGUGUGUUGAAUUUUUACAUUGGCUUGCGCUGUGAGCAUGAAGUCUUUUUUUUUUUUUAAAUAUAUGCUUCUGUUAGCCGAUCGUCUCACAUUUUUUUCUUUCCGAAAUAAAUCGCGAAGUGGGCGUAGUUUUGUUACCAUAUGCUCACCGAAAUUUUAUAUGGGCAUUCAGCAUAUUUGCUCAAAACUUACCUUAGUUAAACGCUUCACAACGAACCAUGGUGCGCUUUAGCUACUUUAAAAGUGACAUCAUACUGAAUUUUUGAGAAGAAUAUACAUAUUUAUGCUCAGUCGCCAACAUUGGAUUAUUGAAGUGUUCUAACGCAAAUGAAAAAAAAAAAGCGCGAUUCUUAUGUGCGAGAGAACUAUUGUUCAUACUUCAAGGUAUACUGGGGGCACUUUCUUGCUUUUUCCUAAGAUGUAUUUUCUUUUGUUAAUUCCAUGUCUAUUAUGCAUCCAUGCAUUAUGCAUAUUUGCACUGACUUGAGGAACAACCGUCGUAUUACCGUUUGUGCUGAGCUCUGUAAAGAAGCGAAAUCAGUGUAUACGGUUGAGAGUAUGAUAUUUUACUCGUUCUUUUGCAUGCCGACGAGCACCAAGCGUUAGGGAAAGCUAAUGCAUUUGUGAACUGUUCAAACCACGGCGCUGUGCUCAGUACUGACAUCGCGUUUGUUGUGAGCGCGGAUGGUGUGUACAUAUACUUGUAGUUGUGAUGAUGUGCUCGUAAUAAGUCCACGCUAAGUUGCUUGUAUACCUUAGUUUUUGUAUUCAAGUGGUAAGGAUCGGACGAACGUUAAAAAUUCCGUUCGAAAAUAAUUUUAUGUACUCCGUCGUCUGCACAGCCCUAAGACGUUAUUGUCUCGGUUUUGUCAACACGAAUAGUUUUCAAUUCGAGAGUUCACUUCCGGUUAAUUAUUGAGUUAGAUUGAAGCGUAGGUGUUUCUAAACAGACACCAAGUGGCAUCGUGCUUGUUGAUUAUGAGUAACGUUCUGUAUAUUAUGACUGCGAUGUCGACUCAGCAUGGAGUUAAGAAAGAAAGGCACUUCAGGCCAGCGUGAACUUGUGAUGACGUACCUCGUCGGGAUUGUGAUAUCCGCGAGAAGUUUUGGGCUGGCACAAGACUCCGUUUUAUUUUUUCAUAGUGUUUGUAUAUUUGCAUGUUGCUGCUAUGUUUUGUCAUAUUUUGUUAGUUAAAAAUGAUAUUGAUCACACGAAAGCUCGGCAUGCUAGAAAUUCUUCCGCCUAUGCUAAAAAUUUUGGGACAUUUAUCUUGUGUGCUGCCAAAUAUUGACUUUCGGUGUUUCUUAAGGACACACGGAAUCCAAAGGGACCACGUGAAUGUGAAUUUAUGUUAUUUCGCUCUACACUGCAUUACCAAAGCGAAAUGGGCUGCUUGUUAGGAACGGUUGUGUUGUUGUUGCCUUUUUCAUCUCACGUGUCGGUGACCUGUGAAGCAGGUGGUGAAUAUCUACUAGAUGGAACGUUUCAGAAAUACCACAUUGAUUCUGCAGCUCUGUUCGCCUGCGUGCCGUAUCGCGUACGUGUCUACAGGAUUCUGAGGGAGCCUCUGACCCUCGGGUCGCCCGUGCCGCGCUCAGUCUUCCUGAUGUGAAAUUUGAUCGUCACUACCCAUAUAAUGUGCGAGGCGUAGCCGUACUUAGCGCUGGUGGGCUGCACUUGCUCGAAAGCCUUUUCAGCAGCGGUACACUUGAGCGAAAGACGCACACUGUUCGAUGUGGACAACGCCUGAAGUAACAUUUGCCGCAUAUGCCGCCGCACGGGCCUUUUUGACUUGCUGAAGCCUUGAGAGUGUUGUCCAAGUGCCUAAGUUGUUUGCCUAUACGGCACUUUUUUUUUUUGUUAUUGUGCGCGUGACGCAAAAUUUCGAACUUCUUUUUUUAGUUUUUCACCGAUGCUUGCGGAUUUGUGUUCGUGCGAACACUCUCACGUGUAUGUGUGUGUUUUUCUCUUUCCAUAUACCUGUGUUCUGAUGGUCGCGAGGCGUGCCUUCUGUUUUAACGUUUGAUUUUGGUCAGUUAUGACGCACGCGAAUGUUUCUGGCACAAGAGAUCACGCUAUUUUUGAGAGCACACCUUUGUGCUGUCGUUGUUCGCGAUGCUGUUCAAGCUUUCUGUGUGUGAAAGUGUCUCGCGUGACUGACCGACUACUGUCAUUGUGCAUUUCUGGGUUCUGAACGGUAGGCUUAUUAUGUACUGUCAACAAAUGUUAAAAAAAAGGACAUACGUGAGUUUGUUGUUUGCAUAGUCGUAAACACAUUGCUGCCAAAGGUGCCUUAUUGCGUGAGGGGUGAUGAGUGUGUGAUGACGGGCAAUUUCAUUUGCAAACGCGAGUCAUACUAGGUAAUGCCGGGAAAUAAAUAUUUGUUUUUUCAUCCUACAAAA